AUGUACUGCAUUGUUUUCGGGGUGACUCUCAGCCAUCUUGGUCGUCGUGGAGCCGUGGUGAUAGAGUUCUUCAUGGUCAUCAACACUGUCACCCAAAACAUGAUCAAACUGGUGAUGUGGUAUUCACCACUUGGCAUCCUGUUUCUCAUCACUGGCCAGAUAAUGUCCACAAGUGACAUGACGGAGACUGGGCAAACACUGGCUAUCUACAUUGCAACUGAAAUGGCCGGAUUGGCAAUCCAUUCAUUGGUGGUCCUUCCAUUCUUGUAUUUCAUCCUGACCAGAAAGAACCCAUAUACAAUAUACCUCAAGGCAAUACAAGCUCUACUGACAGCCUUUGCAACAAGCUCCAGUGCUGCCACGCUGCCAGUGACGAUGCAGUGUGUGGAGCAGCGGAUGAAGAUGGACACACGGAUUUCCCGUUUCAUCCUCCCAGUGGGGGCCACAGUCAACAUGGACGGCGGUGCUGUGUUUGCUGCCAUUGCUCCGAUGUUCAUAGCCCAGUACAAUGGAAUCAGCCUAUCAUUUGGAGAUGUCAUCAUUGUAGGAGACCGUUUUCGCACAAUGGUAAAUGUGGUUAGCGAUUGUCUGGUCGUAGGAGUUGUCUCCCAUUACACGAAGCUCCCGCCACGUGACACAUCGGAGACACAAAGUGAACCCCUGCGGGAGGAACGGGAGAUGCUGGAGCAUGACCUGAUGAAGUUCCUUAAGUUUCUCCGACACAGCAUCCUCCUCGUCUCUACAAUUCUCGCCGUGGUACUGGGAAUUGUUGCCGGGAUUUUGUGUCGGUCUCUCAAGCCGUCCUCUGAGGCUAUUCACUUGGUGCAGUUUCCCGGAGAGCUUUUCCUUCGUAUGCUGAAGUUACUGAUGCUGCCACUGAUAGUCGCCAGUAUCAUUACAGGUUUACUUAUGUACUGCAUUGUUUUCGGUGUGACUCUGGGGCAGUUAGGCCGUCACGGAGCACUGGUGACAGAGUUUUUUGCUGUCAUCAACGCAGUCACACUAAGAAUGAUCAGACUUGUCAUGUGUGCUGCCACGCUGCCAGUGACGAUGCAGUGUGUCGAGGAGCGGAUGAAGGUGGACACUCGGAUUUCCCGCUUCGUCCUCCCAGUGGGAGCCACAGUCAACAUGGACGGCGGUGCUGUCUAUGCUGCCAUUGCUCCCAUGUUCAUUGCUCAGUACAAUGGAAUCAGCCUAUCAUUUGGCAAUGUGAUCAUUGUAAGGGAUCGUUUCCGCACAACGGUAAAUGUGGCAAGUGAUUGUCUGGUUGUUGGAGUUGUCUCCCAUUACACGAAGCUCCCGCCACGUGACACAUCAGAGACACAAACUGAGCCUCUACAGGAGGAUCAGGUGAUGCUGGAGAAUGACCUGGUGUGA